CACAGUGAUAUGGUAUUGGACUGUUCAUCUCUAUUUUUUUUCCUUCUCUUUGGCAAUCCAUUUAUGUUUAUCUGAUUAUUAUUAGAAUCCAUCUGGGCUCUUCUUCAAUAAGUCUUUCAAAUCAUUCAUCUCCAAGAUUCGACCUUUCAUUCCUCUCUCUAACCCCGUUCAUUUGUCUUGCAGAUUACUUCUCUAUCCACUUUUUUCUUUCCGCAAUCACACUCCACGACAUCGAUUGUUGGUUUUCAGUUGCCAACGCCAGUCGCCGAUUGUCCACGGUAAAGGAUCGCCGCUGGUAAGUCCUCCUGCUCCGACCUAUCAUCCGUUAGAGACAUAUUGGGACGUUAGAGACCUAUCGUGACAAAAAUUUAUUUUCUGUUUCCUGGAUCAAUUGUGCAGUAGCUACUGUCACCUGCUUCUUGCCUCUCAAUAAUGUAUUGUUAUUUGUUAUUAUGCAAGUAAAAACAAAAGUUCAAAUGCUUAAAAAUACAAGUGACUAUUCUUUGAUGCCGAGGUUCCGACUCCCACCAAAAAUCAUCCAGCAAGAAAUGUAUCUGCCUCGAGUUCAGAGGCGCAAUGAGCUCAAUUGCCACCAAGGAGCAAACAGCCAGCGAAAGAUAGUGACAAAAAUGCCUUCACUGGUCAUCCAGAGAGAAAAUCGAUAUCUGCAGGUGGCCAACCGACCUAAAGUUGGGUCUGAGGAAUUGGCUCCAUCCGGUAAGUUAUCAAUGGGAUACAACCAAAAGCUUGAUAUCAAUAAUGGAAGUGGCUCCAUCAAGUAAGUUAUGAAGGGAUAAGUUGGUCUUUAGGUUUCUUCGAAAUCAUGCUUACGUAUCCUUCAUACUUGUUUGCAGUUGUUUGUUGUCCUAUUUCUUUUUAAUUAUGUUUAUUUUCCUUUGUCCUCGUGAAACGCACUUGAUUUUGGUCUUUAGACUAGAAGUUUGAGGGUUCAAAAUAAUUCCUCACUGGGACCUUUUGGUCUUUAGACUAAAAUUUUCCUUGAUUUCUGUUGAAACAUAUUUUGCACUUGUUGCUGCUGUAAAAUAUUUUGGAGCUUUCCAAUGCCAUCCAACAUUUUCUCUAUCUAUUGGUGUGUUGUGUAUAAUUUUGUUUUAUUUCAGUUUCACUGUAGAAGAAAUGUUAAGGAAUCUGCUUUUCUAUUGUUACAGAUGCAAGAUAAUUGGGGCCCAUGUUUCUGAAACUAAUUUGUAAGUACAAUUAUGUUGUUUGUGUACUCAAUGGCAAGGUAUUGUGACACUGAAAAACCGGAGGAAAUGAUAGCGUUACUCUUAGGUGCUACAUAUGCAAAAUGUGAUGUGUGGAAGGAGUUAGCGUCUUGCUUCUUGAGCCUUUGUCAGUUGACAGAAGAUAGAAUGUUGUUCGUGUAAAAUGUGAAUUUAAAAUGUAUAUUGGAAGAAUGUAUUGGAUUAC